ACGGAGGAGCAAGUUAGUGUGUGCGCUGGCCCGGCAGCGGGGGGGAGGAAGGGAAUCUCCCGCCAUUUUUCAAUAAUUUCCUCCCGUGCCCGCUGGAGAGGAGUCGUGACUAGCGGCCGCCGCGGCGGAGAUCGGCGAGAGGUGAAAGCCGCCGGGAGGAGCGAGGAGAACCCCUCGGUUCCUUCCCCUCGCGGGCGUCCCCCUUUGCUCCCAUGGCCGUGGCGCGGUCCCGCCAGCUCUGAGGGAAGCCGGAGUUCGCGCCGCCCUCUCACCCCUCCCCUCCCCCAUCGCCCCGGGAGCCAGGCGCUUCGCUCGCCCGCUCGUUCGCUCGGAGCCGCCGGGGCCUAGCUCUGCGAGGCGGAGCGGCCGAGCCUCCGGCGCUCCGUCCCCGCCGCUGCCGCGAUGGCGCCGCUGCUGGGCCGCAAGCCCUUCCCGCUGGUGAAGCCGCUGCCGGGAGAGGAGCCGCUCUUCACCAUCCCGCACACUCAGGAGGCCUUCCGCACCCGGGAAGAGUAUGAAGCCCGCUUGGAAAGAUACAGCGAGCGCAUUUGGACCUGUAAGAGCACUGGAAGCAGUCAGCUAACACACAAGGAGGCCUGGGAGGAGGAACAGGAAGUCGCUGAACUUUUGAAGGAAGAGUUCCCUACCUGGUACGAGAAGCUUGUUCUGGAAAUGGUUCAUCAUAACACAGCCUCCCUAGAGAAGUUAGUGGACUCUGCCUGGCUGGAGAUUAUGACCAAAUAUGCCGUGGGAGAGGAGUGUGACUUUGAGGUUGGAAAGGAGAAAAUGCUCAAGGUAAAGAUUGUGAAGAUUCAUCCUUUGGAGAAAGUUGAUGAAGAGGCUGCUGAGAAGAAAUCUGAUGGGGCCUGUGAUUCUCCAUCCAGUGAUAAAGAGAAUUCCAGUCAGAUGGCUCAGGACCACCAGAAGAAGGAGACAGUGGUCAAAGAGGAUGAAGGCAGGAGAGAGAGCAUUCAUGACAGAGCACGUAGGUCUCCACGGAAACUUCCUACUUCGUUAAAAAAAGGAGAAAGGAAAUGGGCUCCUCCAAAAUUUCUGCCUCACAAAUACGAUGUGAAGCUACAAAAUGAAGAUAAGAUCAUCAGCAGUGUGCCAGCAGACAGCUUGAUUCGAACAGAGAGACCACCAAACAAGGAGAUACUUCGGUACUUUAUCCGGCAUAAUGCCUUACGUGCCGGAACUGGUGAAAAUGCGCCUUGGGUGGUGGAAGAUGAACUGGUGAAGAGAUACUCCCUGCCUAGCAAAUUCAGUGACUUUCUACUUGACCCAUAUAAGUAUAUGACUCUCAACCCCUCCACCAAGAGGAGGAAUACUGGAUCUCCAGACAGGAAACCCUCAAAGAAACCUAAAAGAGACAAUUCUUCUCUGAGUUCUCCACUCAACCCUAAGCUGUGGUGCCAUGUGCACUUGGAGAAGUCGUUAAAUGGCCCCCCACUCAAAGUGAAGAACUCAAAGAAUUCCAAGUCUCCAGAAGAGCAUUUGGAAGAGGUGAUGAAAAUCAUGUCCCCCAACAAGCUCCACAGCUUCCACAUUCCCAAGAAGGGCCCAGGCACCAGGAAGCCAGGGAAGCACAGUGACAAGCCUCUGAAGGCCAGGGGCAGAAGCAAAGGCAUCCUGAACGGCCAGAAGUCCACAGGCAGUUCCAAAUCACCCAGCAAAUGCGUGAAGACUCCCAAGACCAAAAUGAAGCAGAUGACUCUGUUGGAUAUGGCCAAAGGGACCCAGAAGAUGACUCGAGCCCCGCGGAGUUCUGCGGGUGUGCCAAGGUCCUCUGGGAAACCUCAUAAACAUCUGCCGCCUGCCGCCCUGCACCUGAUUGCCUAUUACAAAGAAAAUAAAGACAAAGAGGACAAGAAGAGUGCCCUGUCCUGCGUUAUCUCCAAAACAGCUCGUGUCCUCUCCAGUGAAGACCGAGCCCGUCUUCCAGAAGAGCUGCGGACUCUGGUGCAGAAACGCUACGAGCUGCUGGAACAUAAGAAGCGGUGGGCCUCGAUGUCCGAAGAGCAGCGGAAGGAAUAUUUAAAAAAGAAGCGGCAGGAGCUGAAGGAGAGGCUGCGGGCCAAAGCCAAAGAGCGGAGAGAGAAGGAGAUGCUGGAGAAGUUAGAGAAGCAGAAGCGAUACGAGGACCAGGAGUUAGGUGGCAGAAACCUCCCAGCAUUCAAGCUGGUAGAUACCCCUGAAGGACUGCCCAACACCCUUUUUGGGGAUGUGGCCCUGGUGGUGGAGUUCUUGAGCUGUUACUCGGGGUUGCUCUUGCCUGAUGCUCAGUACCCCAUCACUGCUGUGUCCCUAAUGGAAGCCCUGAGUGCAGAUAAAGGUGGUUUUUUGUACUUGAACAGAGUGCUGGUCAUUCUGCUGCAGACCUUACUUCAGGAUGAAAUUGCAGAAGACUACGGAGAACUGGGGAUGAAGCUGUCGGAGAUCCCCCUCACUCUGCAUUCUGUCUCGGAGCUGGUCCGGCUCUGCUUGCGCAGGUGUGAUGUGCAGGAGGACAGUGAGGGCUCAGAGACAGAGGACAAUAAAGAUUCCACACCAUUUGAGGAUAACGAGGUGCAGGAUGAGUUCCUAGAGAAGCUCGAGACCUCAGAGUUCUUUGAGCUGACCUCAGAGGAGAAGCUGCGGAUAUUGACGGCGCUGUGCCACCGGAUACUCAUGACGUACUCUGUGCAAGACCACAUGGAGACAAGACAGCAGAUGUCUGCAGAGUUGUGGAAGGAGCGGCUUGCUGUGCUGAAGGAGGAGAACGAUAAGAAGAGAGCAGAAAAACAGAAGCGGAAGGAGAUGGAAGCCAGAAAUAAAGAAAACGGCAAAGAGGAGAACGGGCUAGGCAAGAUGGACAGGAAAAAAGAAAUCGUGAAGAUUGAGCACCAAGUUGAAAUGGAAGCAGAUGACAUGAUCAGUGCUGUCAAGAGCAGGAGGCUGCUUAGCAUGCAAGCUAAGAGGAAGCGGGAGAUCCAGGAGAGAGAAACCAAAGUGAGAUUAGAACGGGAAGCUGAAGAGGAACGAAUGAGGAAGCAUAAGGCGGCUGCUGAGAAGGCUUUCCAGGAAGGGAUUGCCAAGGCGAAACUCGUCCUCCGCCGGACGCCUAUUGGCACAGACCGCAACCAUAACAGAUACUGGCUCUUCUCAAAUGAAGUCCCAGGGUUAUUCAUUGAAAAGGGCUGGGUACAUAACAGCAUUGACUACCGAUUCAAGCAUCACCGCAAAGACCACAACAAUUCACCUGAUGAGGACUACUAUCCCCGAAGUAAGAAAGCAAACUUAGGCAAAAAUGUGAGUGUGAAUGCACACCAUGGAUCAGCACUAGAAGCUGCUGUGGAGACCACGGUGCCCAAGCAAGGACAGAACCUAUGGUUCCUGUGUGACAGUCAGAAGGAACUGGAUGAGUUGCUCAAUUGCCUUCAUCCUCAGGGAAUAAGAGAAAGUCAGCUUAAAGAGAGACUGGAAAAAAGGUACCAGGAAAUUACUCACUCCAUUUAUCUGGCUCGGAAGCCAAACCUGGGUCUAAAGGCUUGUGACGGCAACCAGGAGCUCCUGGACUUCCUGAGGAGUGACCUUAUUGAGGUGGCCACGAGGCUGCAGAAAGGAGGGCUUGGCUACAUGGAGGGCACGGCAGAGUUUGAAGCCCGGGUUAUUUCCUUGGAGAAACUGAAGGAUUUUGGUGAAUGUGUCAUUGCCCUUCAGGCCAGUGUCAUAAAGAAAUUUCUGCAAGGAUUCAUGGCUCCCAAACAGAAGAAAAGGAAACUCCAAAGUGAAGAUUCCAUAAAGUUCGAGGAAGUGGAUGAAGAGAAAAAGAUGGCUGAGGAAGCAAAGGUUGCCUCUGCACUGGAAAAAUGGAAGACAGCCAUCCGUGAAGCCCAGACCUUUUCCAGAAUGCACGUUCUACUCGGGAUGCUUGAUGCCUGCAUCAAGUGGGAUAUGUCUGCAGAAAACGCUAGGUGCAAAGUCUGUCGGAAAAAAGGGGAAGAUGACAAGCUGAUCCUGUGUGAUGAGUGUAAUAAAGCCUUCCACCUGUUCUGUCUGAGGCCGGCCCUCUAUGAAGUACCAGAUGGUGAGUGGCAGUGUCCAGCUUGCCAGCCUCCUACCGCCAGGCGAAAUUCCCGGGGCAGGAAUUACACUGAAGAGUCUACCUCUGAGGACAGUGAAGGUGAUGAGAGUGAGGAAGAGGAGGAAGAAGAAGAGGAGGAGGAGGAAGAGGAGGACUAUGAAGUGGCUGGCUUGCGGUUGAGGCCUCGAAAGACCGUCCGAGGCAAGCAGAGUGUCAUCCCUGCAGCAAGGCCAGGCCGACCACCGGGUAAGAAGUCACAUUCUGCCAGGAGGUCACGGCCAAAGGCCCCACCUGUGGAUGACACAGCAGAAGUGGAUGAGCUGGUACUUCAGACCAAGCGUAGCUCGAGGAGGCAGAGUCUGGAGCUGCAGAAGUGUGAGGAAAUCCUCCACAAACUGGUGAAGUACCGCUUCAGCUGGCCCUUCCGGGAGCCUGUGACCAGAGAUGAGGCUGAGGACUACUACGAUGUGAUCGAUCACCCCAUGGACUUCCAGACCAUGCAGAACAAAUGCUCGUGUGGGAACUACCGAUCUGUCCAAGAGUUCCUCAGCGACAUGAAGCAAGUGUUUACCAAUGCCGAGCUCUACAACUGCCGUGGCAGCCAUGUGCUGAGCUGUAUGGGGAAGACAGAGCAGUGUCUGCUGGCGCUGCUACAUAAACACCUCCCUGGCCACCCCUAUGUCCGCAGGAAACGCAGGAAGUUUCCUGAUAGGCUCGCUGACGACGAAGGGGACAGUGAUUCAGAGUCUGGUGGACAGUCCAGGGGACGAAGACAGAAGAAGUAACGAGGCAGGGCCCUAGUGAGGCAGCCAUGGAGGGGGGAUAGGAGGAGAACACCAAGAGGUGUGGGAGAGGCAGGAAAGAAGCUGGGAGGGCUAGAAGGGGAAGAGACUAGCAUCCAGAAAUGCCUGUCAUGCCAAGCGUUUGGGGAGUAUGAUGCUGGCCUGGUGAGCCUGCCCAGAAAGGCUAGCAGCAGAAGUGGGCCUCCCCGAGUCCUGAGAGCUGGGAAAUGCCAGGGCAUGGCUUCUCCUGUGAGCUCUGCCCAACUCCUCCUCUUCCUCCUCCUGCCUCAUCUUACAGCAGUGCCAAGCCCCCUGGUCUCCAGAGAGGGCACUGUACCCCACAGUAGGAAGGAGCGUCAUCUGGCCAUGCUGGCCGAGGUGUGGAUCUUUUUGAAUUUAUAUUUAUAUACAGUCUUAUUUCUUUAUGUCCGCACUCUCUUCCUCCUCCUCCCUCUCAGGUGACAGUAUCAGCUAGUGCCAUACAGAAUUCUGUGUUCACCAGCAUCUUGGGACAGUGUGGGCUUUGAGUUGGUCAUGGCAGAGUCUAGGGACAUUGUCUGGAGCUGCUCCUGAGCACCCUCUCCAUGGUGGCAAACCUUCCCCAUCCUCACCCAACUCACCGCCUCAUUAAAAAAACAAAGCAAACUAAGGCACUUCCCAUAGAGACUGCAGUCCUGCUUCUAAUCAUGCUAUGACCUUGGCUUUGAUGGGUCUGGCCAGAGGGGUGUUGGAGCCUAGCCCACCCACAAACCAGACAAGCCCCUAGGGAGCCGAAAAAGAGCAGGAAGAAGUUCAAAUGUUUAAUUUUUUAAAUUGACUUUUGUAGUUACUAAAGUUGCUUGUUUCCGCAGUGAUAUUGUAUAAAGAACAUCUUGUAAAAUAAUUGUCAUCUUGCUUUGGCACAUGUACAGUACAGUUUCUAUGACACGUGUUCACUCCCCUCCUCCGAGAGGCCAGGGGGCAGCGGGGUCUGGGGUUGGAGCCCCCUCUCUGCCCUGGUGGCACUCCACUUUGCUGUGGGCACCUGCUCCUCCAGGGCCCGCUCUGCAGACCGAGUACUCCUGCCAAGUGCAUCUCCUCAUGGACGGGAGCUGGUGUCAGCAGCAGGAGGAGGUGGGGGCCGGCUCUGCCCUACGUAGCCAGUCUAGCCUCGUGUUGUAUUUAGGCAAAAGUUUGUAGUCUGCUUUCCCUUUUAUGCCAGAUUUUGAUAAAAGUACAAGACAGGGUUUAACUUUCUUUUCUAUCGAUUUUGAAUUUGGAAAAAUGUGAGCCUCUCAGCUCUCCAUAUUUAAAGGAAGCCCACCAGGUCAGGAGGCUUCUAUGUGUCGCCCAGUCCAGUGGCUGAGGAAGGGUCCCUUCCCUUCAUCUGCAGGCUUGGUUGGGGUAAUUCCUGGCACCACUGCCUCCCUGCUUUUAACUGGUGUUUUAGCAGGAAGCUGGUAUUUCCACUGCAGUGACAUCUGCAUGGCGGCUUUUUAAAUUGUCUUAAAGGAGGAAGGGCUGCGGUUAAGGGUAGGCUUGUAAUAAAUUGGAUUUCAAAUAAACAUUAUGGACUUGUGUUUAUAAAGAA